GUAGCAUCACUUGGAAUAAUCGAAGACCGUCACGUACUGAAGUAAUAACUUAAGGUUCAACGUUCAGCGCAAGGUCAACGCGGGCCGGGGGAGGAUGUGGCACGUGAUGAGGACUUCAGUACGAUCCGGAUCUGAGGCGGGGGGCUGAAGCGAUUGACGGCGACGUCCCAGUGUAAGUCUCUCUAUCCACUGCGGCAUGCAGCCGUAGCGACACCUCCUGCUUUGUUCUCUGUCUUGUUCACUGCUUGGAAAUGCCUACCGUCGUCGUCGACCACACGUCGUCGUCUGGUUCGACCCAGCGUCUGGGUGACGCGGGGACUUCAGCAUAUACCAAUCUGACGGGCACGACCCUCGCGAAUGGUGGCACGUCUUUCCUUGCCCAUUCCAAUACGAAUGGCGAUGGCAGAGGAUUGGACGCGAGCGGAGAGCCUAUUGUGCCAGACCAGUUCGAGAACCUCCACAAUGAACUCAAGAUCGCGAAUGCUAUCAAGGACGGAGCGGAGAACAUGCUGCAGAUGCCUUUGACAGAUGCAUUGCGCAUGCAGGUCGAGUCGGAACUCGAGGCUGCGAAGAACAAGAUCAGUGCAAUAACUAGCACCAUUGACACUUAUUCCACCAAGGGCAAUCGCAAGCAGGGUACUGAGACGACCACCGUAAAUGGCAAGGGAAGACCACACAGGCCUCCACCGAUGCACGUCAAACAUACCACCGAGGCAGCAGAAGAUUUCCGCUCAGCAAUGCAGCAGGCAAAUUCCUGCAUGAGAACGCUUCUCUCUUCACACCGCUCCGCCUCUGCACCGUCACCUUCAGGGGCCUCCCCGUCCACCUCCCCCUCUUCGUCCGCCAUGCCCAACGUGACUGCGGCGAACGGCGGGGAUCUGGAGAGAGCAAGAGUAGAGGCCAUGAUGCGUUUAGUCACAGUGCUGCAGCGGAACCUACGUGUCCGCUAUGAACUGGACGUCGAUGAGGUUGUGAAGGCCGUACUGCCCUCGUUGUCUGAUCGCUCGUCGAAGCGCUCCAGGGCCACCGCAUACAGGCUCAUCAGGCACUCCCUGGUGGACUUUCACUCCGUUGAGCGUCUGAAGGAGCAGAAGCUUGACUGGUUCUUGGUCAAGUCUCUCCUGCGGGACAGCAAGUACGCCGUCGAGAAGGAGCAGGUCAUCAAGCUCAUUCGCGCCAUCGUCGAGAUCGGAUCCGAGAAGAGGAGGCCAGGGGCAGCUAAUGCUCGGGGUGCUGGCGCGGUGCCGCUCUCCAGCGCAGUCAUGCGCGCCCUGAUUGCGGUGGCAGAGAGCUUAGAUGACCCCUUCAGGCUGAUAUGUCUGCAGACGCUGACUGAGAUAUUGGUCAUCGACAUCGAGCUGAUGGCGAAGACGGGUGGUAUCCGGUGUCUGCUGCAUGCCCUUGCAGACGGACCGCCCGAGAUAUCUCCCUUACUCGCAUCCGCCUUCCUGCACAUUGUGGACUGUCCAUCGACUCGGGGGUAUCUUCGUCCCGGUAUCGAUUUGGAGAUGGCCUUGUCUGGAGUGACGGAUGCCUACGGCAAGGGGUCGGAGCACGUCGAUCGCAUGCGAGCAUGCACAAGGGUGGUGACGUCCAUGCUUCGGACAUGGAGCGGUCUCAUGUACUUCUGCAUACAAGACAAACUAGCCAUACGCUCGUUGAUUGAUGGCCUCCGAAUACCUUCGCUGGAGACUCGCGAAGUCAUUCUUGACAUGUUCUUCGAUCUACUGAACAUCCGUGCUCCUGACUGGCAUCAAGCAUUCAUCGCAGGGCGGCGUUUAACGAUCUAUGGGAAGAGUGCAACGUCCGACCAGAAGGAGCUCCCUCCUUUGCCUGAGCAAGCGCAAAGACCGCAGGUCACAGUAAAGCUGAUUGACCACUUCCUUGGGCUGUUGAUCCAAGUUCUCUGCGGUGCUGGCCUCCUGGAUGCGCUCACGUGUAUGCUGGAAGAGAGCCCGGUUGGGUCGAACCUCUCUCGGAAGGCGGUCCUUCUCAUGGCGGAGAUCUUGCAGAUGUCGAAUCGUGUGCUGCCGCUAUCCAUUGCGGCGCAGAUCCAGACACUUCCGCGCGUCUUCAACCUGGCAUCCGACUACGCAGUGGGCGAGCAUCGCAUAAUCGGUAAUUCGGCGCUGUCUUCGAUCGACAGCUUCAACCGUCAUCAGGCACGUACACAACCCACCCCCAUCGCGGACAAAUGCGAUACGCGUCCAAGAGCGAACUCGGUGGAGGAUGCCGUUCGCCGCGGUCAGAGGCAGGUACAACAGGACAAGAUGAAGCAGGCGAUGCAGAUGGACGACAAGGCAUUCCAGGCCAUCCUGCUUGACUCCCAGGUCAUGACCGCCAAAGAUCCCUCGAAGUGGAACUUCGAAGUCCUUCAGGAGCUGAUAGAAGGUCCGCUUCUGAACCCCAAGAGGAUGGAGGAGGCGAUACGCGUCUCGCGGUAUAUGCGCAAGCUGAUGGCAUUCUUCCAUCCAUUUACCCACAAGUUCUCCGACCUGCCGAGGAUGAAGGCGAACAUUCGCUGGGUCCGCUUGGGGUGUCAGCUACUGAACGCCCUCAUGACGUCGUCGGAAGGUGUGAAGUUCCUGGCCGAGGAUGACCUCCUGAACCAGAUCGUCAAGAGCUUCGCCCAACUUGACCCGUUCAACGGCGCUCCAACGUCCGAUCCGAUCUUCUCCAAAAGACGGAUGAACGAGACGUUGACGUUCGGUUACUUCGAGAUGCUCGGGACCCUUAGCAAGCGCAAGGAAGGACUUGAGCUAUUGGAGAAGUUCAAGCUCUUCACCGCAUUCUAUCAUCUAACAGAGCUCAGAAGUCGCGAGGACCUCCUCAAGGGUAUCAUCGAGAACCUUGAUUAUAGCCACGAUGGCCAUUCGCGUAUCGUGCUAUCGAAGGCACUUACUUCCAGCUACAAGCACAUCAGACAGUUCUCCACGAACCACUUGGGUUUACUGAUUCGUGCUAGUGCGACUACGAACUCGUGGACUCUCCGACUGCUCCUCACACAACUGUACGACCCUGCCAUCGAGGUGCGCGAGGUCGCCGUGCGAUUCUUGGAGGAAGCGUGCGAUUCUCCGGAUGUCCUCCAGUCAGUUGUGGAGAUGCAGCCGACGCUGGACCAUCUCGGGGAGAUGGGCCAUCCACUUAUGCUCAAGUUUAUGUCCACUCCGAUGGGCUUCCGCUUCUUGUAUGCUGCAGAUUAUAUCGAUCGCGAGAUGGACAUAUGGUUUCACGAGCGAAAUCUUCAGUAUGUUGUCUACAUCGAGGUUUUUCUUGCGAAGAUCUUCAGCUCUAGCGGCGACGAGGACGAGGAUGCACUCACUCUGGAGAGCAUGGUGCCUCCGCAUUUCUAUGGCGUCAUGGCUAAGACAGAACUUGGCUACCAAGUCCUGCAAGAAAAGGGUCACUUCGCGGAGUUUGCGGAGUUCAUCAGACAGCAUGGGCUGGAGAGCGUGGAUCACGACCUCAUCAUGAAGCUGAAGAGCGUGCUCUGGGCUGUCGGAAAUAUCGGGGCGACCGAGGGUGGCCUCACUCUUCUAGAAGACGAGGAGAUCAUCCCUGAGAUCAUCAAGAUUGCAGAGGAGUCGUUGGUGCUUUCCGUUCGAGGCACCUGCUUCUUCGUGCUCGGCUUGAUCGCGUCUACACCUCAAGGCGCCGAGAUUCUCGACGACUAUCACUGGGAGGCAACAUUGUCUCCUCUUGGUAUGCCGACAGGCAUCUGUGUGCCUGUCGACGUGGAGAAAUUUACCUACAUACCUCCUUGGGACUGCGUCGCCAACGAAGGGGAUGACGACGUGAGGCUAGAGCCUCCGAAGACCGCUGAGGAGCUGGAGGUAAUGACGGCCAUUUACAACCUUGCCAACACCGUCAUUGCCAACACCGCGUCGAGAUCUCUCGCGAAGAUGAAGACCCGUCCGGAAUACCGGCACAUCUUCAGUUCGCCGGAGAUGUACUUCCGCGCGUUGCACACUAUUUCGUCGCAGAAGUACCGCAUGCCCGUGCGGCGGUACAUCCUUGACCUGUUUGAUGUCGAGCUCGAUGCGGCCAUGGUCAGCAGGCUGGCCGAGUGCGCGACCACGCUACGCGUGCAGCCCACGCACAAGCUCGCGAAGCCGUCGCUCACUCGGGUCGUGAGCAUCGUCGGGCGUCCGAAUCCUGAGCACCGUGCGUCGGACAGCGAGGACGAGGACUCAGGUGAGGAUGAGCGCGCCGCAGUUGUGGAGAAACCGCCAGUGAUGAGUCUGAGGCCUAUGAGUAGGAUCGUGGGGUUCGAUGGCGGUACUUAUUUUGAUUGAUGCUCUGAGCUUUACCGUGACCUUGAACUCGAUGUAUGGACUGAUGUUACUGCUGGUCACUGCGUUCUCGUUGCUAUUUUGGUUUCGCCGUUAUGUACUACUGUCACGCUAUACCCUGUAUGCAAGCUCACUAGGGACAAAGCCAUCUAUGCUUACGCGUCUGGUUGUUAACGAAUUGUACUGCCGUUGGCAGGUACUGCGCC